AUGACUUCCAACGAAUCAUCCGGCGCGUCUCAGAGCGCGCAGAUAUCUUUGCCGCGGGUUGUUAUAACCUAUUGCACGCAGUGCCGGUGGAUGCUGCGGGCCGCGUACUUUGCCCAGGAACUGCUAUCAACUUUCGGAACAACCAUCGGAGAAAUCGCCCUCAAACCGGCUACGGGAGGCAUCUUCCAGGUACACCUCGUAAGCAGCACUAAAACGCUAUCUCGGCGGGCUUUGGCUGAAGAUCGCCAGACGUAUGUCCCUGCAACUGCCGCCACGGAGCCUGAGAAGGGAGUCGAUAAUCCCUCCGCACAAAUCAAGGACGCGUUACUCUGGGACAGGAAAGCGGAGGGGGGGUUCCCAGAGACUAAAAUACUGAAGCAACGCCUGCGCGACCACCUUGACCCCUCAAAGGACCUGGGACAUUCGGACAAGCACGGCAAAGGUUCAACCAAGGCACAACCGGAGAGGUCAGAGCAUAUCAAACCACACAACCUCGAUCAAACCGACAAGGAUGCCGCCGAAAAAGCAGUACAAAGCUCAGUGCAGCAGGGCCCGGACGAAACCAUAUGCGAGACAUGCGGCUAG